AUGAUGCUCCUACCCCUUUUUGUUCUCCUCUUUCACUCUCUUGCUACUGCAUCUCUUACUUACCGCGGCGCUGAUAUUUCCUCCCUGCUAAUCGAGGAAGGGGCCGGGAUUCGGUAUAAGAAUCUGAACGGCCAGACGCAGCCGCUUGAGAAUAUACUCAAAGCUAACGGUGUAAAUUCCAUUCGCCAGCGGGUGUGGGUGAACCCCAGCGAUGGACAUUACAAUCUGGACUAUAACCUGAAGUUGGCGAAGAGGGUGAAGGCCGCGGGGAUGAGCAUCUACCUUGACUUGCACUUCAGUGAUACGUGGGCAGACCCGAGUCAUCAGACCACACCCAGUGGGUGGUCGACCACCGACAUUGGCACCCUCACCUGGCAAGUGUACAACUACACGAAGGAGGUCUGCGACACGUUCGCCAGCAACGGCAUCAACGUCGCCAUCGUGUCUAUCGGCAACGAGAUCCGCAACGGACUGCUAUGGCCGCUCGGCAAGACAAGUAGCUACGCCAAUAUCGCCAACAUCCUCCACUCGGCGGCCUGGGGCAUCAAGGACUCGACCCAGUCGCCCAAGCCGAAGAUCAUGAUCCACCUCGACAACGGCUGGGAUUGGUCGGCACAGAAGUUCUUCUACGACAGCGUCUUGUCAGGCGGGAAACUGGUGAAAUCCGACUUCGACCUCAUCGGCGUGUCGUACUACCCAUUCUACAGCGCCAGCGCGACCCUGUCGGCGCUCACAACCAGCCUGAAGAACAUCCGCUCGACCUAUGGCAAGGACGUGCUGGUCGUCGAGACGAACUGGCCCGCCUCGUGUCCGAACCCGGCGUAUGCAUUCCCUUCGGAUCUCCGGAGUAUUCCUUUCUCGGCGGCCGGGCAGACGACGUUUGUGCAGCGGGUUGCGAAUGUUGUGGCGGGGACCUCGGGUGGCAUAGGACUGUACUACUGGGAGCCGGCUUGGGUGCAGAAUGCGGGCCUGGGCUCGAGCUGUGCGGACAACUUGAUGGUGGAUUGGAAUACGGAUCAAGUGAGGACAAGCGUGAGUGUGUUUGGGGGAAUCUGA